UAUGCCUGUAAGUGAAUUGACUAAAAAAGCCCUCGUAUAGUCUCCCUCCUCGACAAUUAGAAAUCGCAGAUCUUCUCCUUCCAUCAAUUCUCUCUUCUAGAAUUUCACAGCAUCUUACUCCACCUUGAUCCUCCACAACCAAGAGCUUUGUCAAAAACCGCAUUGGCUUCGUCCACACAUGGAAUGGACUUUCUCCAUCGAUUUUUUAUCGCAACUCUCUCUUUCUAGCAAUUUUUAAAUGGUAGAUCUUGUUACUACUGUCAGUUGAUGGCGUCACUCAACUUUCCGAGAACAUUAGCGAAGACGGUGGCUGCGUCUUCUUUGGAUUUCAAAGUUAAGAAAAACUCUACAUAUACCCGCAAGAGAAUAUCCUUUCCCGUCAUUUGUAGCGGGGAAAACCUUGAAGAAUCCUGGUAUAAAACGCAACGAAAGGACGCCGUUUCAAGUUCCAACUCCUGCAAAAUCAGAUUCCAUUUGCCCACUGAAAGGGUUAGAAAAAUGGAGAAUAGAGAAAAAAAAGUAGAGGAACCUGUGCCCAGAGUAGGCGUGGUAGUUUUUCUGUUGAAGGGGAAAUCUGUGCUUCUAGGGCGGCGCCGGACUACCGUCUGUGACUUCACGUUUGCGCUUCCCGGCGGUCACCUCGAGUUCGGCGAGAGCUUUGAGGAAUGCGGAGCAAGAGAAAUGAAGGAGGAAACAGGUUUGGAUAUUGCCAAAAUAGAGUUUGUAACAGUAACUAACCAUGUCUUCUUAGAGGAACCAAAGCCAUCGCACUAUGUUACUAUCUUCCUUCGUGCAUUCUUGGCUGAUCCCAAACAAGAGCCUCAAAAUCUCGAGCCAGAGAAGUGCUAUGGUUGGGAUUGGUACGAUUGGGACAAUCUCCCAAAACCAUUGUUUGGGCCCUUGGAAAAAAUGGUACAAAGUGGCUUCAAUCCUUUCCCAAUUGACUAUAAUGUUUGACUAGAUGAUGGCUAAGUUGUGUUUAUGUUUGCUCUGUUCCUACUUGCUAGCUUACGGAUAUUAUCUUAUUGUUAUCAAGAAUUUAAAGUUCAGGGAUUUGAGUAUUUUUACUGGGUCUGAUCUAUGAUGGGUUAUCUUGAAUAUAUUGCUGAAACUUUGUUUUGUUGAAUUACAUGAGAUGGCCUGUGAAAUUUAAGUUUGUUUUGUUAUAAA